GCACCGAACCCUCCCGGUCCCGGCACCGCAACCGCUGUUCCUCCCCGCGGCACGCGCGCGCGCCACAGCCGAUGUGCCGCGGCAGGAUUCCUCGGCACCGCGACCAUUCGGCUUCUCCCCGACCCGGCACGGUCCCUUCCUUCCCUCUCUCCGGCGGCAGAUGGCCUCCUCCUCCUCACCGGCGCCCACCCUGGCCGGGGAGGCUCUACGCCAGAAACGCAUCCUCUCCAGCAAGCUCUACCUCGAGGUCCCCUCCUCCAAGGCGCCGGUGGUGUACUCGCCGGCAUACGACAUCUCCUUCCUCGGGCUUGAGAAGCUGCACCCGUUUGAUUCCGCCAAAUGGGGCCGCAUCUGCAGGUACCUCACCAGGGAAGGGUACCUGGACAAGAAACGGAUGGUGGAUCCAUUGGAAGCCUGCAAGGAGGAUUUGCUAGUGGUGCACACAGAGGCGUAUCUGAACAGUCUCAAAAGCAGCUUCAGAGUUUCCAACAUUGUAGAGGUCCCUCCUGUCUCGCUUGUCCCUAAUUGGAUUGUGCACAAGAAGCUAUUAUACCCCUUCCGGAAGCAGGUGGGUGGGUCCAUUUUAUCAGCCAAACUUGCGCUUGAGAGAGGAUGGGCCAUUAAUGUUGGUGGAGGAUUUCACCAUUGUUCGGCAGAUGAAGGGGGUGGAUUUUGUGCAUAUGCUGACAUCUCUCUCUGCAUCCAGUUUGCUUUUGCCCGUCUAAAUAUCUCAAGUGUAUUGAUCAUAGACCUGGAUGCCCACCAAGGAAAUGGACACGAAAAAGAUUUUGCUAAUGAUGGAAGGGUUUACAUUUUUGACAUGUACAAUGCUGGAAUUUAUCCCUUUGAUUUCACUGCUAAGCAAUACAUUGAUCAAAAAGUAGAAUUAGCUAGUGGAACAGAAACAGAUGAAUACUUGGAGCAACUUGACAAGGCUCUUGAGGUCUGCAAUAGUAGAUUUCAGCCCCAGUUGAUUGUUUACAAUGCUGGAACAGACAUCCUGGAUGGUGAUCCGUUGGGCAGAUUGAAGGUAAGUCCUGAGGGUGUGGUUACCAGAGACGAGAAGGUAUUUACGUUCGCAAAAGAUCAAAACAUUCCUCUGCUGAUGCUGACAUCAGGAGGCUACAUGAAGUCAAGUGCUCGAGUAAUAGCUGAUUCGAUCAUCAAUCUGUCCAACAAAAACUUGAUAGGAUUAGGCAGCGAGCUGGGUUGAGCAAGAACUUGGAAUAUCUCAUGGACGUGUAUAUGUCCUGUGAAUAAAGGUGUUUGGUACUUGUGAUUUGUGAUGGAUAACAUGUAUGCCACAAAAAUGGUCUGUACAUAACACGGGGUCUUUGUGAAUCUAUGGGUUUGUUUGGAUACCUGGCUCCCUUCUAGCCUGGUUAGGAAUCAAGCCAGGCUAGUCUAAGACUGCCUCUAGCAAAUUUUUUUGAAAGUGAACUAGCAGGAGCUCUGCCUUUCAAUUAAGAUUGGAAAAA